GCAGGAAGCAACUGGGAAGUGCAUGAAACAAUAGCCUUCUUUUGGAGUGUGGUCUUGGGACACUCUUAGGAGUCCUAUGUUUGGGCCUGUAGAAGGAAGAGAUGAAGGAAAGACGAUGUAGCAUCAUGAGCAUGAAACAGGAACCACAACCACAAGCUGAGGCUGUGUGUGUCAGUUGAUGGAAAAUGGGGACUUGUGGGAUUGUCUUGUUGACCACAGCUUCCCCUAAGCCAUGGCCACUUCGGAGUUCGUCACCACGCGCUCUUCCCGUUCCCCGCAUUCGCUGCUGCUCUGUUUCAGAGCUUUCCCCAGAUAAGCUUCCAACUAGUAUUGAUUUUUCUGUAACUGGUGGGGCAUAUGAUUUCUCAAAAGCAACAACAUCACUAACAAAUGAGUUCAUCUCUUCACCAAAGAAAGUAACUCUUUUAAGGCAUGGUCUUAGCACUUGGAAUUCAGAAAGUAGGAUUCAGGGAAGCUCAGAUUUGUCUGUAUUAACUGAAGUUGGGGAAGAGCAAGCAAAAAGGUGCAAGAAAGCCUUGGAAAAUAUAUACUUUGACCAGUGUUUUGCAAGUCCAAUAUCUCGUGCCAAGCAAACUGCUGAAAUUAUAUGGCAAGGAAGGGAAAAGCCAUUGGUUUAUCUUGAUUCCCUUAAAGAGAUAUCUCUCUAUCACCUUGAAGGCAUGAAAAAUGCGGAUGCUAAGCAAAUAUAUCCCAAAGAGUAUACAAUCUGGAGAGAAGAUCCAGCCAAUUUUAUCAUGAAUGGUAGAUAUCCUGUACGAGAUCUCUGGAAAGCUGCAAAAGAUUGUUGGAAGGAAAUGCUGUUGUCACCUGGAGAAAGCUUUCUGGUUGUGACUCACAAAUCUAUACUGAGGGCAUUAACUUGCACUGCUUUAGGCCUAGGCCCAGAGAGGUUUCGAUCUAUUGAUAUCAACAACGGUGGGAUAUGUGUAUUCAACUUCAAUGUCAGAGGAGAAGCAAUGCUUGACGCUUUAAAUACGACGGCUCAUAUGUACAGUGAUCAUGUCUAUCCUGGCUAGUGCAAACUUACAUUGAGGAAGACAACAAUUGUCAUUCUUUAUCGUUGAUUGAAGUAACCACGGAACAACACCAGUGAAUAUUGGAUGUAGAAUUUUUCUUUUUGAUUAUAUGAACUUCCGAAUCUUUGGCAAGUGGGCAGAUCCAACUAUGAAGCAGGUUCGUAAUAUAGCAGGGGCAUUUGACAUAGCCUUCCUCCUUUGAUAUAGAUACAGAAAAAUUAAAGUACUACUAUAAUUUAUGCAAAUUAAUUACGGGAUUUCCAACACUUGGUGUACUGAGUUUAUUCAAUCUCGUCAAUGUUGUUUGAUGCCGCCGCGUCUUGCAAAUCUAGCAAACUCAUCAUUCUUUUAAUGAUAAAUAUAUUGUUUAAUGUUGUAUAAUUUAUUUUAAAUGAA